GACAUUAACAACAAACAAGAUGUGUUAAAUGGGUUAUACUAUUGUGACUUGUAUAUUUACGCGUAAUUACAAUUAAAGAUUUCAUAGCAGUUGAUUAAAAUUUCAUACAUUUAAUUAUUUGGAAGAUUUUAUUUAUCAAAGUCGGUAAAGAUGACAACUGGUACCCGAGUGGCGGUCUCACAAAUUUUGCGAAAUAAAGACGACACUGGUGACGAAGAGGAUGAACCUAAAAAGAAAUCUCGUGAGGAUUGGAGAAAGGCUAAAGAGUUGGAGGAGGCUCGAAAAGCCGGAACAGCCCCAGCUGCUGUUGAUGAAACAGGCAAGGACAUAAACCCUCACAUACCUCAGUACAUUUCCUCUGCACCUUGGUAUUAUGGUACAGCCGGUCCAACUCUUAAACAUCAAAGACCUCAAGAGGAUAGAGAAGCAGAAUUCACUAAACUUGACACAUACUACAAUAAAGGAGUCACUGGUUAUGCCGCCACCAAGUAUAGAAAGGGAGCCUGCGAGAACUGUGGUGCGAUGACGCACAAGAAAAAGGAUUGCUUGGACAGACCGAGAAAGAUUGGGGCAAAAUUCACUAAUGUCGGCAUAGCUCCGGACGAGUUCAGUCAACCGAAUCUCAAUCUCAGUUACGAUGGCAAAAGGGAUAGGUGGAAUGGAUACAAUCCAGAACAACACAAGGCCAUUAUUGAGGAAUAUCAGAAAGUUGAAGACGCCAAGAGAGAAUUACGAGCGGAAAAACUAGAACAAGACCCGACAGCGACGGAGGAAGAUGAUCGGGAGGGUGAGGACGAGGAUAAAUAUGUUGAUGAAGUGGACAUGCCGGGGACUAAGGUGGAUUCAAAACAACGAAUCACAGUCCGUAAUCUCCGUAUUCGUGAGGACACAGCCAAAUACCUCCGGAACCUGGACAUCAACUCAGCCUACUACGAUCCGAAGACACGUUCCAUGAGGGACAAUCCAAAUCCGAAUGGUGAUGAGUCAGAGUACGCCGGUGAAAACUUCGUCCGUUUCAGCGGAGACACUCGCUCCCAUGCAAGUGCCCAGUUGUUCGCAUGGGACGCUCAUCACAGAGGUCUGGAUGUACACCUGCUGGCUGAACCCACCAAGUUACAACUGCUCCAGAAGGAGUACGACGCUAAAAAGGAACAGUUCAAAACACAGGUGAAACAAUCAGUGCUAGACAAGUAUGGUGGUGAAGAGCAUCUGAAGGCUCCUCCCAAGGAACUGCUCUUGGCUCAGAGUGAGGUGUUCCUAAGAUACAACAGGGACGGCACCCUGGCUUCAGAUGUUGAGAAACAACUGGCCAAGAGCAAAUAUGAAGAAGAUGUUCUGAUCAACAAUCACACAAGUGUCUGGGGUUCCUACUGGAGGGAUGGACAGUGGGGAUAUAAGUGUUGCCACUCCUUUAUAAAGAUGUCUUACUGUGUUGGCGAAGCGGGAAAAUCUGUUGUAUCUGGACACGUGGCGGAUGUUCAGGAUCCAGAUAAGAGCUUGGGAAGUAAAAAAGACAAAGAAGACAAAAUUGUAAAAUCUGCAUCUGAAUCGGACUCGGAGAGCAGUUCGUCUUCAUCAGAAGAGGAAAUAAGAAGUAAAACAGAGAAAACCAGCAAAAAGAAGAAAAACAAGAAGAAAGCUAAGAAGAAGAAGAAGACGGAAAAGAAAGAAGACAAAAACGAAGAUAAGUUAAAGAAGGCUCUCGAGAUGGAAGAACGCAAUCAGCGUAACGCUGAUCGUCUGCUAUCAAUGGAUGAAAGGAAACGUCCCUAUAACAGCAUGUUCGAUGUGAAGGAGCCGAGCCAGGACGAGCUGGAAGCUUACAUGAUGAAGAGGAAGCGAGACGAAGAUCCGAUGUUACAGUUCAUGAAUAAUUAAAUUGUGUUUAACCAAA